CUCCCGCGGCUAGUGAGUAGAGAAACUAGUGAGUAAUCCCUAAGUCAUUGUCUUGCUCGCGAACAGGCGACCAUGAAGCUCGUCAGGUUUUUGAUGAAGUUGAACAACGAGACUGUCUCCAUCGAGCUCAAGAACGGGACCGUCGUUCAUGGCACCAUCACAGGUGUUGAUAUCAGCAUGAACACUCAUCUGAAGACUGUGAAACUUACUCUGAAGGGGAAAAAUCCUGUGACUCUUGAUCACUUGAGUGUGAGGGGUAACAACAUUCGCUACUACAUCCUUCCUGACAGUUUGAAUCUAGAGACCCUAUUGGUAGAAGAGACACCAAGGGUCAAGCCCAAGAAGCCAACUGCAGGGAGGGCUUUGGGACGUGGUCGAGGCCGAGGCCGAGGCCGUGGACGGGGGCGUGGACGUUAACUCGUCCCUGUGUGAGCAAGCAAAUUGUGUUUACAUUGCCUUAGUGGUUUGAAGGUAUCUUGGUUGUUGAUUUAGGGAUGAAGAGUUUGGAGUUGAAAUUCAUUUCAUUGCUCUACUUCAUUGAAACUGUAGUCUCCCUCGAAUGUGGAUCUUAAUAUUCUGAAGCUUGUAAUAUAGAGUACUGUACUUAGUCUCUUUUGCGCAACAAUUAGCUAUGACAGACAAGGAUUCUAAAU